GCUCUGGUUCCCACCCUUUCAUCAGAUCAGAUCGGACAUUAGAGAUUAUGAAUUGCGUCACGUCGUCGUCGUCGCUAUGGCGGUCGGGAUCGGGACUAGGGCCACGGUUGCGGGGAGGGGCGGUGCUGAUUCGGCUACUCUCGACGCCGAGGGCGUGCCGACGCUUCACGUUGCUGGCCAGGACACGUAGCGUUUGGCAAAUGGAGGCGGCAUCGGGCGGAAGGGCGUCGGCGGCGCCAUCAUCGGCGGCGGAGCUGGCGUCGUGUCCACCGCCAUCGUCGUCGUCAGUGGCGGAUUCGGAGGCGCAGUCCAUGGCGGGAGCCAAGUCGACUUCGGCGGAAAUGGCGGGGCCAGCAGCGCGGGGAGGGGCAACAGAAGCUCGGCGAGGGGCGGCGGACAAUGAGGCGGCUGCGGGCGCCGCUCCUCCAUCUCGCGCCGCGAAGCCGCCCGCUCGUUUGCCUCCGCCGCCACUGCGGGCCCGUCUUACUUGGAAGCGCAUUCUGGCGGGAACCAUCAUGGGCUCCGUUAUUGGCGGCGGCGCGUACGUAAGCACUAGGGACCCCGCCACUUACAGUGACUGGAUAUUUCAGGGUGCGACGUGGGCGACUCCGCUCGUUCGGCUCCUUCCGCCGGAAACCGCGCACAGGUUCGCCGUCACGGCAGCCAAGUACAACUUGGUUCCCCGCGAGUUCCGCGCGGAUCCGCCGUCGCUGAGGGUCGAUUUGUGGGGAAGACGAUUCCUCAAUCCUGUUGGAUUGGCGGCGGGAUUCGACAAGAACGCCGAAGCCAUCGACGGAUUUCUGGGCAUGGGUUUCGGUUUUAUCGAAAUCGGGUCUGUCACUCCCCUUGCCCAAGAUGGCAAUCCGAGCCCAAGGGUCUUCCGACUACCGGAGCAGAAAGCACUCAUCAAUAGCUAUGGCUUCAACAACGAAGGAAUCGUCGCCAUAGCUAGAAGGUUGGGCAUGCAGCGAGCGAGGAAGAAGGUAGGAAACGAGGAAGACGAUGACGACGAAGUAGAAGGUGGUGGUGGUCAAGCCGUAGGAGGAGCAGCUAGUGGAGAAAGCGGCGGGGAUCUGCACACUCUCCGACGGCACGGGAUCGAGACGGGUCUGAUUGGUGUGAAUUUGGGCAAGAACAAGUCGACCGAAGAUGCGGUGUCGGAUUUCGUUCAAGGCGUGCACACUCUGUCCCAGUACGCUGACUACCUGGUAAUCAAUGUCUCGUCUCCAAAUACUCCCGGUCUUCGGAGUCUCCAAGGACGCCGCCAUCUCCAGGAGCUCAUCAAGAGUGUUAUGGCGGCGCGCAGCGAGAUGCAAUGGGGCGACGAGGGCCCGCCACCUGUCCUCGUCAAGCUCUCUCCGGACUUGUCCCGCCAGUACAUGGAGGACAUUGCCGCCGUCGCUCUCUCUCUACGCGUUGAUGGGCUCAUCAUCAGCAACACGACUGUGUCCCGACCUGCGUCCGUACUCGGUCUGCCGAACGGCGAUCGACCCGGCGGCCUCAGCGGCAAACCCCUUUUCGAGCUGUCUAACGCAGCCCUGAGGGAGAUGUACAUCUUGACCAAAGGCAGAAUCCCCAUCGUCGGUUGUGGGGGGGUCAGCAGCGGGGAGGAUGCCUACCUGAAAAUCCGUUCCGGCGCCUCUCUGGUCCAAUUGUACACCGCAUUGGUGUAUGAAGGUCCGUCGGUGGUUCCCAAGAUCAAGCAAGAGCUAGCUGCCUGUCUCGAGAGAGAUGGGUUCAAGAGUGUUGCAGAGGCAGUGGGUGUUGACGUCAAGCUGCAGGUGCAAGAAAAUGGUGGGAGAAGAGGGUGGAGGUCAGUGGAUGCCAUACCUGGCGGCACAAACAGCGUAAGAAGAGCAGAAGGCAGGAAGGUGAAGGCAAACAUCUCCUGUGAGAGUCGAGAACUGGAAGGGAUAAGGAGAGGAGGAAUGGAUAUGGAAAUGAAUUCCGUAAAUGGGUUUGACCCCUCUCUGCAAGCAUCCAAGUACUCACAGUAUCAGAAGGUUGCUUUGGAAGCAGCGAAGGCAGCAGGGGAGAUUAUCGCGGGUGCGUUCAAUGAGUACAAGCGGGUGGACUACAAAGGAGCGAUGGACCUGGUUACAGAAACAGAUCGCCAGUGUGAAGAAGUGAUUUUCAAGCACAUCAAGACUUGCUUUCCUGAUCAUGAGUUUAUUGGCGAGGAGGGAUCGUCGAUUAAAGGGACAGCAGAGCUGACAGAUGCUCCAACGUGGAUGGUGGACCCUCUUGAUGGGACAACGAACUUUGUGCACCGGUUUCCUUUUGUCUGUGUUUCUGUUGCGCUGGUUUUGAACAAGCAGACGGUCGCAGGAGUCGUUUAUAAUCCAAUCCUAAAUGAGAUCUUCACAGCAGUGCGUGGAGGUGGAGCAUACCUCAACGGCAAGAGGAUCCAUGUUUCCACUCAAGAUAGGUUGGAAAAAGCAUUGCUUGCAACUGAGGUGGGCACAAAGAGGGAUAGGGACACCGUUGACGAGACCACAAACAGGAUAAAUGCUUUGCUAUUUAAGGUUCGGUCACUUCGUCUGUCAGGAUCUUGUGCAUGCAAUUUGGCAGGGGUUGCAUGUGGGCGACUGGACAUGUUUUAUGAGAUAGGAUUUGGAGGUCCCUGGGAUGUUGCUGCAGGUGCACUGCUGGUUGAGGAGGCAGGCGGAAAGGUGUUCGACCCGAAUGGAGGACCGUUCGACCUGAUGUCUAGGAGAGUCGCAGCAAGUAAUGCAUUACUCGAAGCAGAAUUCAGCAACACCUUUGCGUCCAACUCAUCAAGUUAGACCACCAGUACCUCCACGGUUUUUGGCCGUUAACACGGUGGCUGAAUCGGUGCACCGCGCGGGUACUGGUGGUUUAAACGAGUGAAUAUCAAGAACAAGAAGGAUAAAAAGAUGAUGAAGAUUCACAGGACAAGGACAAAACGACGGCGAAGGUUCAAGGACACGCAGCCUCUAACAAGCCUAACGGAACGGAGGGCGUUAACGGAAGACACAAACUAACGGAGGAAGGCGCUAACGGAAGUGCAGAAGGGAUCGGUGUUUGUGCAAAAGGGAGCGGGAAUAAAAAGAUAACAAAGAUAUUCAAGGACAAGGACAAAACGAUGGCGAAGAUUCAAGGACAAUGAUUGAAAACGAUGACGACGACGGGGAGAAUGUGAGGGAGCAGGAAGCCUGCAUGAAAAGAUGUGCUUCACCAGCUGGAAGACUCGUUGCUUAGCUAGAUAAGAUGCCGUCAGCAAAGCCCUCCUGACCAGACUGCUGAGCAAGUAAGCAAAACUAGAGAAGCCCUGAGGAGAGUGUUAUAGUAGCAGCAAGAGUUCAUGAGUGGGAGUGGGAAGAAAGGUUCAGGAAGGUAUUCUUUGAAAGAGGCUGCUUGGAGGAUAAGUCUUGGAUCCGUCCUCCUCCUUUAGAGUCUACAGUAUUGAGCUACAAGAGGCAACAGGGAAAUCCGUGCAAUAUAUUCAAUAAAUAAGAAGAGCGACCACUUAUAAUUAUAAUUGGUUGUUGCAUGAAAACUCACAGUGUGUGGUUUGUCAUGCUUGCAGCUGUGAUCUUGCCCAACUGCUAUUUUCGGCUUAUGUUUCACCACAGCCCCCCUUCAUUGUCUUCCAUCAGAAGGUAGGGAGAGGGAGGUAAUCCACUUACUGCACUUGAUGCUUUUAUUGGUUUGAACUUCAAGAAAUUGAGAGUUUGAAGUUGUUGUUCGCUUCCAGCUCCGCUUGCGGAAAGAGUUCAUCGGCUUCGAAAACACUUCAAGAAAGACAUUUGCGGAAAGAAUUCAUCGGGUGGCUUCGAAAAGAGACAUGAUCAAUGUGAUUAUUUCAGCAGCGGAGAGAGGCAGUUUGAGAACUAACCAUUAUCAUCAAGUUCCAUGGCUUGUUGAAAUCUUACUUCCGGUGAUUGACUGGAGGUCUAACUUGUCCGCCAGUUGAUCCAUGAUUGUUGAUUUUUUAUGCGACACAUGCUGUGUCAUGCCAUGACCAAAUUUUGUUCUUAUAAAUUGUGUCCUACUGCAGGUUAUCUUAAGUGUGACAAUUUUCCUGGUAUCUGCCAGGUUGAUGAAAGUGUAAUUGUCUAGGCUACCAGAGU